GCCGGGAGUGGGGGCGCGGCGCGAAGGUGCCACUAGGCUAGGCGCGGCUGCUGCGAGGUGGCGCCCCGGUCCGGAGCCGAGCGAACCACAGCGGGGCCGGGGCCCGGUGCGCGGCGGCGGGGCUGCAGCGGAGGACGAUGGCUGCGCCCGCUGGGGCCAGGGCAGUGAUUGCAGCCCCAGACCGCAGGCGCUGUCUGUGGUCGGUGCUGGCGGCGGCGCUCGGGUUCUUGACCGCCGGCGUGUCCGCCCUGGAGGUGUACACCCCGAAAGAGAUGUACGUGGCCAAUGGGACGCAAGGGAAGCUGACGUGCACGUUCAAGUCCGCGAACACCACCAGCAUGUUGACCACGGUCUCCUGGAGCUUCCAGCCAGAGGGGACGGACACCUCCAUGUCGUUCUUCCACUACUCCCAGGGGCGGGAGUACAUCGGGAACUACCCGCCCUUCAAGGACAGGAUCAGCUGGGCUGGGGACCUGGACAAGAAAGACGCCUCCAUCAGCAUCGAGAACAUGCAGUUCAUGCACAAUGGCACCUACAUUUGCGACGUCAAAAACCCUCCCGACAUCGUCGCCCAGCCGGGACACAUCCGGCUCUACGUCGUGGAGAAAGCGGUGCUGCCCGUGUUUCCGGUCUGGGCGGUGGUGGGCACAGUGACCGCCGUGGUCGUGGGCCUCUGCCUGCUCACCAGCGUGGUCCUGGCCAUCCUCUACCGAAGGAGAAGCUCUAAGCGGGAUUACACUGGCUGCAGCACCUCAGAGAGUGUGUCACCGGUUAAGCAGGCUCCGCGGAAGUCCCCCUCCGACACAGAGGGUCUAGUAAAGAGCCUGCCUUCUGGAUCUCACCAGGGCCCCGUCAUUUACGCGCAGCUAGACCACUCCGGCGGGCCCCACAGCGACAAGGUCAACAAGUCUGAGUCCGUGGUGUACGCGGACAUCCGGAAAAACUGAGAGAGAAGGCCCGGGCCGUGUCCCAAGCAAGAGACAAAGUCACACUGGACUCUGGUGUGGAAACGCCGCCUGCCACCACCCGUGGCCUCGGCCGAGGACGAGCACACGGAGGGAGCAGCAGGCGUGGACAGAGGACGCGUGUAAAUAUUCUAUUUAAUCCGCCGAGGCGCGGAGCCGGCGGCGCAUGCCGAGGAGCUGGUCCGAGUGCACGUAAACGCGAGCCGCCCGGCUGCUCCUCGUCCUGCUCUGUGUUCAGGGUCACGUGCAGCUGGGGAAGUUCGGCGGCCUCCCUGUCUCCGUCGCUUGGGCAUGGAUGGCCUUCUCGGAGAUCGUAGCCACCUUUUCACGUCCCCACAGACAUGGCCCUUGCGCCCGAGGGCUGAACCAGGCUUAGCGGACACCGUGGUCGGAGAGCGCAGGCACCCCGAGAGACACACACGCCCCGGGUGGCCUGCCACCCACCACCCGCUCCGACUACUGGUGGUAGUUUUUAGGGGACACCCGUGAGCUGUGCCAUUCGGGGACAGUUUGAGAAGUUUUGGUUGAUGAUUUUUUUCCCUCUGAAACACUGAGCAUUUUCACUCUC